AUGACCUCUCAUGAAGAUGGACCAAUCUUCCUCAACCCCAUAAUCCCGGGCUUCAAUCCAGACCCAACAAUCUGCGUAGUUCCGGCAACAGACUCAACCCCGACGACGUAUUUCCUAUCUACUUCCACCUUUGAAUACUUCCCAGGUUGUGCUAUAUACACCUCAACGGAUCUCAUCAACUGGAAGCUCAUCGGGCACGCACUCACACGCAGAAGCCAGAUCGAGCUGAGAACCGUCGAGCCAGGCGCCGGAAGUUGGGCGAGCACGCUGCGCUAUCGGCCUCAGGAGAAGCGCUGGUAUCUCGCCAACGGGCUCUUUCAGAGAUAUCGACCCACGAAUGAUGAGCGCAUCUUCCCUAGGGGAUUCUAUGUUUGGACAGAUAAUAUCUGGGAUGAAAACUCCUGGUCAGAUCCCGUAUACUUUGACAAUCCCGGAUUUGAUCAAGAUCUCUUCUGGGACGACGACGGAAAGGUCUAUCUCUCAACAACAGUCCGCAUGGGAAAGCGAACCCCAGGCCUCAAACUAAAAGACUUUGCCAUUCACAUUUCAGAAAUCGACAUUUCUACAGGUAGGACCCUCACCCCGCCGCAAGUGAUCCGUGAAUCCCCACACGGAAUCGCAGAAGGAUCACACAUCAUCCGCCGGGGAGAGUACUACUACCUCUUUACCGCCGAAGGCGGCACAGAAGCCGGCCACCAAGAGUGGGUUUUCAGAAGUCAGACGGGGCCAUACGGGCCGUGGGAGGGGCAGGGUAAGGCUCUGUGGUAUAACGGGCCCGAGGAGGAGGUGCAAAGGACCGGCCACUGCGAUGUCUUUCAUGAUGGCAAUGGCAAUUGGUGGGCCGUGCUACUUGGUGUCAGGCCUGUGAAGGCUGGGGAUGAAUAUCUUGAGCCGCAGAUGGGUCGAGAGACGUUUCUGGUCCAGGUUGACUGGGUGGAUGAUUGGCCCGUCUUCAAUAAGGGUCGCAAUAUCGCACUCCAGACCGUUGGCAGGGAAGCGAUUGAGAAGGCCGCCGUCGCUGAUGCUGACGGAGUCAAGUGGAAGGCAGACCUGUCCAGAUCAUCCCUGGAAAUUGGCUGGUAUCACAAGAAUACGCCUAUCAAGCCCUGCCAUAGCCUGACAGAACGUCCCGGCUACCUGAGGCUCUACGGGAACUGCUUUGAUCUCAAUAGUCCCGAAUCGCCGGCGAUGAUUUUGAGGAAGCAGACUUCAUAUAGCGAGACCUUCAAAGCUACAAUGCUCUUCAAACCCAGUCGGGUAGGGUACGAAUCUGGCGUUACCAUAUGGUGGAGUCAGUACUCCUACGCCACCAUUGGCAUUGGCGCAGUUCAACCACAAGAUGGAGGACCCGCCGUCCCGACAAUCAUCACGAGGGAGCCUACGGGCAAGGUCAACAAGCUCAAGGUGGCAUACCCCCUGUUGGAUUCUGCAAUACCCGCCCUUAAUUUAGAUCAGCCGGUAAAGCUGUCCAUCACGGCGAGGUCCUCCGACUAUGAGAUGAGUCUCUCGGUCGAUGGGAUUACGACGACCAGGAUAUUCAAGUCGGAGGCAUUGACUGUCUUUCCUCCCGUAGGAGGUGCUUUCUGUGGCGUCAUGUACGGGAUUUACUCAUUCGGGCAGAGUGAACCGGUGCUGGAUCCUUCAGAUUUCACGGACAUUGAGAUUCUAGAAAUUUGA